CUGCAAUCAGUUAAGAUCUAUGACCCUUCAGCCAUGAGCGAUGAGCCGGAGGGAAGCGACGGCCAGGUCGUACAAGAUGAGGUAGUCUUGGAUUUCGACGUGGAGCGACACAUGCAGCUGCGGCAGCAGCGGCGCUUGGGCUUGCCUCUGGGCACGCUGCCCUCCAAUCCGCAGCAGAAUGCGCAGCUCGGCGCGCCUUUUGCAUAUGAUCCUGCCCAGUAUCAUGGCACCUCCAGCUCUGCACAUUCCAUUAUCCAAUCUGACCUGACGGCGCGUGGCUACUUCGUUGUGAGCGCUUUGCGGCAUGGAUUUGAUUAUGUCCUCUACGAGGGAGAUCCCUCGCGUCACCAUGGAUCACACUUUGUCAUCGUCACCGAAGCGGAGCAGUCCAUUUCGCCUCAGAAGCUGGUGCUGUGGCACAGACUUGCCGCCUCGGCGCACAAGGCCAUUCUGAUCAGCAGCGUUGUCUCCGGAUUGCCAAGCUAUUGGAUGAUAUCCGGUGAAGAGAGGUAGGAUAUCGGGUCUCAUGAACUUGGCCGUAUUCGGCCAUGACACAUGCUCUGAGUGGAUGUGCUAAAGAGCAGUGCGUUUGCCAAAAGCUCGAGCCUGCGUUGGCGAC